AGUGUAACAUUGAAUACGUUUAUUCUACACUUCCAUAGAUAUUUUCCAGAUAUGCCAAGGCUUCUACUGCACUGUAUCUCACAAAUCUACUAUUAGCAAGAAUAAAGUUUCCCACUCCUACUUUAAUGGUCAUCAACAUCUCGCCUUAAACUUAACAUUGUUGUUGAGAUGCCUUACACCUUAGUCACAUACGACUUACAGCCAAAUCUGUGUUGAACCUGAGUCCUUCUCUCUUUAUUUUGCAGCCCUAGCCAAUGACAAAGGAUGGUCUUAUUUCUACGCACUCCUUUAUGCUUGAUCUUGUGCUUCAGAACAGACUCGCAAUAGCAUACGCCUGAAAAAAACUGUUUUGGUGCUUGCAAAACGGUAGUUUAGCAUGCCACAGAGAGUUGGUAAAAUUUGGACCAGCCGAGACGCAAAAAAUAAGGCAAAAGUAAGAAGAAGAAGAAGAGCAGCGAAAAGGCAUUGAAAAAGGUGGACCAGUGUAUCAUCGGGGAUUCCAUGCAGGGCGAUGCCCCAUUCUGUUUCUCGUGAGUCGCAGCGCCGUAUUUUGAGCGUGCAGUCCUUUACGUCGACGUCGAUCUCCCAUGCAAAUUCACCAUGUCAGGCCCGUCUCCAAUGCAAGCACCACCACAGAGAAAAAAAACCCCGUUGACAUCCAUGCAUCACCUUCGCUGCAAUCGCCCAUCGCGGGAAAACUGGGUCGAGAGGGAGAAAGAAGAGAGUGGACGGCGAAGAAAGAAGAUUGUGCGAAAGUGAGGAGAGACUUUAUUGGCAACACACCUUGGCAGUGACAGUGCCCCUCGGUGUAAAAGAUAGCUUCGCCGUUUCGUCUCGCAGAUCCUAAGGCUUUUGGGGGCGCAAGGCGCGUUUAGGAGGCAUCGGUGAUGGGGCGUCCUGGCUUUUGCUGAAGCUCUGCGUAAAGGACGUUGCGCUCUGCAAAAGUAGAGUGAAAAGUACCCGAGAAACAUGGCUCUGAGGUACAUCUCAUCAGAAGUUGGGGCUAGCCAAGGUGAGCAGCUGUCGUUGAUAGGCAACGGGAUUUAGUUUUAGAGGUUGGGGCCGAUCUCCACGUGGGCAAUUUAGGCAGGCCGACCCCUACGGUGGGAGUGUGAUUUAUGUGGGGGAUUUCUGAGCGAUUGCUGGGAUGCGACAGCGGAGGAGGGCUCUCAGUGUAGUGGAGAGGAGCCAGUUCAUAUGGUGAAGGCGAUGUCCAGCGACUGUCAAAGUUUUCUCUUCGUCCUGUAGGAUCCCAUUCAAUAGUUGUCUUGGGUGGAAGCUUACUGCACGCCUCGCUACUCGUCUAGUGCAGAUUGCCAGAAAGAAUCUUGCUUCCGAGGACGUGCUUGAACACCGUGCGGUUUUUGAAGGUUCUCAAACGGAAGUAGGAACAAGAUCAAGUCCAUUGGAAGGCAGUGUGGACUACAUCACACAGGCGCAACUACUGGGUUGUUAAUGUGAACUGAGUUAGAAAUCGGCCAAGGUAUGGACGUUUGGUCAAUAAUGUGUUAGGCCAGAUUGGGGUGGAGCCCAUUAUGGUUGUUCGAAGUCAAGUUGGAUACAUUGGCGAUCCUUGGCAGGAGCAGGGCUCCCGCUCAGGUGCGGCGUGCAAAGUAGAAAUGGCAAUGCAAGGCAGAGAAUUUGCGUUUCUUCAAUCUGACUUUGAUGAACUGCAGUUUCCCAAACCGUUGGUGACUGUAAGACCAAUCUCCCGGCUUUCUAUCAAGGAGAAAAUCCAUAAGAAAUGUAAAGGUGGUGUUUCCUCAUCAGAGCUUCGUCUCAUGGAGAGUUACAUCAACAAGUCGCAGCAGUCGGAGGAUGGAAUGCAAGAAGCGUCGCUGCGUAGGCUUGUGAAAAGCAAUACCUGUAAGAAGAUCGCUCAGCGCACUGAACUUGAAAAUGAAGUGUUCGAGUUGCACCAUCAACUGGAGAAAGAAAUCAAGCUUCACAGUGCUUUGGAGAAUGCGCUCUCGUCCACAUCCAGCCCGCGGUUUCCUGAUUACGCUUCGCAUGACCUUCCCAAGAAUGUUCAGAGGUUGCUGACGGACAUUGCAUUGCUGGAAGAUGCAGUUUUGAGGCUAGAGACGAAAGCAUCUUUUCUUCAGUGUGAACUUGGGCGGGAACGGACGGAGCGUGAAGGGAUUGAGCACGUCUUAGACACGCUUCUCAACAUGUCUGUACGAUCUCGAGUGAAGGACUCUGCUCCCAUCUCGCCACCAGCAUCGCCACUAUUGACACCGGUUUCGUUAAAGAAAACGUCACGACGAUCAACGAAGUCACCACAGGGGGCUGGGAGAUCUUCAUCAGGUUCAACAUUGAAGGAACUUCUGCAGAAACCUACGUCGGAACCUGAACUGCAGUCUUCACCCCCACCGAAUUCCCCUCGGCGUAGUUUGCGUGACUUGUGGAGCGCCCUGGAGGAUCAUCCUGCAACGUCUUUUCUUCCCAACACGGAUAAUGUUCACACAUUGGAGAGGAAUCGCCUGCAGUCUGCAGUGGAGCUGACGACUUUUCCUUCAUCUGCAGCAGUUAUGCCAUCCAGUUUACACCUCUCCACCUCUCCCUCUCCUCACACACUGGCGGAACGACCGCGCAAUGUCACGCCUGUAACCCCUGCAUGCUUACCGAAUGAUCUUCCUCGCAAAUCAUCGAAUCCUGCCAAGCUUCUUGGUUCUUCCAAUCGACUCGCCUUCUGGAACUAUUUCAACUCAUCCGAUGAUGCGGCCUCCCUCAACAAUCGGUCUGCAAAUCCCACUCCUGACGCCGAGCCGCACACCGAGUCUUUGCAUCAUGAUUGCUCCUCUAUUCUUGACGACGACUUCACCGAUCAUGUUAAGAUGCCCAAGCUUCGGCGAAUUCGGGGAUUAAAGCGACAAAGCCAAUCUCGUGUUUCUUCUCACGACGAUGCAAUCUGUUCAGCACGGCGCGCCUCCAAUUUCUCUGAGAGCGAUUUCUCUGUGGUGAGCCCGAGGAAAUCUUUCAAGGAGUCUCCUCGCCCGAGCACAUCGGUAGAAGAUGGAUUGUUUCCUUCGCUGCCAUCUGAUGCUAACCGCCUGUCGGAGGAGAUGGUGCGGUGCAUGGUGGAUAUUUACUGUCACUUGGCGGAGCCGACUGGCGAAUCCUAUGCUUUCCCUGAGUGUCCUCUGUCGCCAUCCUCCCACACCGGGCGUCUCUCAACGUCAUCAUCUUAUUCUUCUAAUUCGGACUCAUCCCUCCCUCCCGGUGCUCAAAGCCCCGAAUUAGACUCCAAGCAACAUGGCGAUGUAAUGGGAUGCGAGUCGACUCCUGAUCCAUACAAGGCAAUGGGGAAACUGCCGUGGGCUAACAUUGGUCCUUACAUGGACGCUAAUGAGGUGCCAUGGCUGUCUGUUGGGAAAGACCAUCUUGAAUUCGUCGCGCAUAGCCUUGGAAGAUUUCGAUUAUUGGUGGAACGACUAGCAAAAAUCGAUCCCGCGACCAUGACGCACGAGCAAAAGCUGGCGUUCUGGAUCAAUCUCUACAAUGCACUUCUCUUGCACGCCUUCCUUGCCUAUGGAAUUCCGAGAAGUGACCUCAAGUUCUUCACCCUCAUGCAAAAGGCAGCAUACUGCGUCGGUGGAUAUUGGUUCAACGCUGCUGCCAUAGAGUGCAAUCUCCUCAAGGCCAAAAUCAUGCUACAUCGACCACAGUUUGCGUUGAUAAUGGCGCUUCACAACAAGAAAUUGACUGAUGAGCAGAGCCAAUUCGGAAUUGACCGUGCCGAGCCGAAGGUCAACUUCGCCCUUUCUUGCGGUGGACACUCGUCUCCCAUGGUGCGCAUCUACACUCCAGCGCACAUCCACGACGAGCUCGAUUGCGCGUUCCAGGACUACUUACGCGCCACCGUGGGUAUGACCGCUAAGGGCCGGGUUCUGGUUCCCAAGCUCGUCUACAACUACGCCCGAGAAUUCGUUGAAGAUGACAUGGUGCUCGAAUGGGUAUGCCGAUUUCUGCCCAUUGCGCAAGUGGCCGUUAUCCAGGAAUGUAUCCAGCUCCGCCACCGCCGUCGGCUGUUCAACUCCGCGACAUUCUCCGUGGCCCCUUACAGCUUCGCAUUUCGGUACCUGUUCCCGAAAGAUAUCAGCGGUGCAGCAUACACCAUCGACUACUCCGACUUCGCACCGAGCGUGAACAGGCGGUUCCAUUUCUGCACAUAGCGCCCAGACUCGACGCAACAAGGACCAAAGCACAUGAUGACAAAUUCAUUGAUUAUCAGAUUUGUGGAAAUCAAAUUUUCCUAGGAGUAAGUUGGGUGAAAGCGUAGUAUAAUGCCAGAGCGCAAUUUUUGUAGGCAGUAACUGAGUUUGUACAGACGGUGACAUUGUUUGUAAACAUCGGAAAACUUUAGAGAGACUCAUUCAAAACCUCUGCAGCUUCGAAACAAUCUCAAGCCUUCUAUGGAUCCUUGAGAGUUGAAUGCUUUAUGUGAGUGUCGUCCCACUGAUUUAUGACCUUGCGAGGCCCAUCAGUGCUACUCCUUGAAGAUGAUCAGAACAUCCUCUCUCGUCACCGAAAUCUGAGCACAUCUGUCAUCAAACGUUGGGAUUUGAUUCUUCGUUAAGUUGUUCGAAAAGUGGCAGAACGAAAUGUGAGUACCUUUGGCGCAUUCCUCCGACAGUUGACGUCUUCGAAGAAUAUGUAGAAUGACACUUUGAAUUAGAAUGAGAAUUCUUAGAUCUCUUAGAUCUCGGUUUGCCAAGAUAAUAAAGGAGAAAAUCCUUAUAGAAGAA